AUGACGACCUACGGAACCAUCUUGGAAGACGAAGAAAUUCCAUCACAUACAAAUUUACUAUAUGUUUCGGAGGCGAAAGAUCGAUUCCAGGCGAGUCUAGGUGUAACAAGACCAUGGACAGAAAUGAUCCAAUUAUCUCAUUUCAAACUCCCGUCUUCUUUCUUCGACACACUUCAAAGAAUCAACACGAACGCGAAACAUUUCCGCGCAAAUUACGUUAUCAUCAUAUUGUUCAUUCUUUUCCUUAGCUUACUAGGAAACCCUACAUCGUUAAUCAUAUUAAUUGUGAUGAUGUUUGGAUGGUUGUACUUGUAUUUCCUAAGAGUUACACCUUUGGUAAUUUUGAGGUAUCAAAUUGAUGAGAGAUUGGUGGUAAUAUCCUUGUUGUUGAUCACCAUUGGUUUUCUUGUUCUAACAAAUGUAACACAUAAUGUGAUAGUUGGUAUGAGUGUUGCUCUAGGUGUUGUGUUGAUCCAUGCUGUAUUGAGAGAAACUGAGGAUCUUUUCACAUUGGAUGAAGAAGUAAGAAUUGUAAGAGGUGUUACAGAAGUUAUCAAAGUCCCUCUUAGACAACCUGGUUCAUCUUCUUUUACUUUGCCUCCUUAG